CUCAAGCUGGCAGUGAAGGGGAAUUGUGCCCACAGGCUGAUAGCAUGGGCUCUUCAGGCAGUACCAGUACUCUGGCAUCCUCAGUCAUUGAAGUUGAAUCUGGCCGUGAUGAUCUGGCCUUAUGUCAAGAUGAAGAUGAUAUGACACCACUCCCUCCACCACCGACACUAUCCAUUACUGAGGAAAUCAUGGAGUUUAUUAACCAGAGCCGUGUUCGGCAGGGCAUGACAGAGUUGACAUCUGAUGGGUGUCAGUUGAUUCCAGAGACCUUAGAAGUUCAGCCAUUGGAGGCACAGGAGUUAGAGGAAUCCAAACCACUUAUAACUGAGGUGGAUGAAAAUACACAUUCAAUCAUUAAUGUCCAUAGAUCCGAUGCAGAGAAAACUGAAUCAGUCCAAGACGAGGACAGCCAUCCAUCCUGUGAAGAAAAUAUUUCUCAACCACAUGAGCCGAAGGGAGUAUCACCAACACUGUACGUCUCAAAAGAGGAAAGUCAAUUAGAAGAGCUGACAUUCCAAGAGGCCAGUUAUAGUGAAUCAUGCAAACCAGAGACCAUAAGUGAAGGAGAGAAAGAUAAUGAGAACUCUGUUAGUAAAAGUGAAGAUAAAUCUGACAAAUCUGCAAAUGAGACCGCAUGUGAGGUCAAGUCACAUUGUCCUCUUAGUGAUACUACAGUGAAAGCAUCUGAAAGCUCUCCCAAGAUAGAACCUGAGCAAAAACUGACCAAAAGUGACAAGCAGAUUAUUGAGAAGAUUCGCAGCUAUUAUGAGGCAGCGGAGACAGGAGUUGAGGAAGGUCAGUCUACACGAAGAAACAGCUUUUCUCAUAUUCCUGCAGGAUUAGUGAAGGAUUCUGUAACACGAUUCAAUGUUUGUGUUCGUCAAGACAGUUUGGUUGAGUCUGAGAGUGGCCGCUCAGACACUGUUGACAAUGACUCAGCAUUUUCAAUACUCCCUGUAUCUGACCAAGCUGACCAAACAUUCAGCCAUCAGAAAUCUGUCGAUGCAGACAUUCCUCCCUCACAUUCAGAUGCUGACCAUCAAGUGGAAGAUAUUGACAGCAAGACCUCAGAGAAAAAGGAUGAAGGUGUUUGUGGUUUCAGUAUGAAAUUGUGGAAGGAGAAUGAAAGAACUGGCCAAGAGUCUCCAAGCAGUUUGAAAGUCCCCAUCUUAAGAGAGAACAGCUGUGGUGAACAUACAGAUGCUGCUGAGAAAAUGUCCGUAAAUUGCAUAACAACCCAAGUACAGCAUAAACACUCUGAGAGUUCACAAUGUGAUCCAGACACACCAGACACAUCUAAUCUGCAGGCCACAGAGACAGCAGAUGCAUCACUUCAAUGUGCAAGUAAAACUAGAUCUAGAAUGUCUUCUAAUAGAAGCCUGGAUAGCCUUCCCAGUCAGAUUAAAGUUGGAAGAUGGUCUCGUCAUGGCAAGGUGGUUACGUGUAGCCAAACCCUUUAUGAAGGAAUGGCUGAGGUACCAGAUUUAGGAUUUUUUGAGAGUGGACCAGUCAAUCAGUGCUUGGUGGAAAACUCAGAAAAGAUUUUAAAUAAAGUGCAAAUGCUUGCACGCAUGUACACUGCCAAGGCGAGCAGCAUGAAGGUACCGCUGCAUCAGAAAAAAACUCAAGUAAGUAGGGGAGCAUGGUCAGUGGAUAGAAAAGGGAGCACUUCACCCAAAUCUCAGCAAAUAAAGCUGCACCAGGGGGAUAUGAGGAUAAGCCAGUCUGCAGAAGAAUCGUCAGAAACUACACCUACUGAGCCUUUUGGUCAUAUCAUUUUAAGGGAGAAGCUGUCUACAACUUAUCACCAAGAAAAUGAUUGCAAUCUUAUUGGCCCGCUAGAUGAGAUCUCCGAAAUUGGAUCCAAUUCACUGUCUUUUUCUUCUGCCGAUUCCUCUUUCACUUCAGUUCAAAAACUAGCAACUGUUACAGAAUCACAGGUCUCUGUGAUAUCAGACCAUACAGACAGGUCAUUAGAAAUGACUGAGUCUAAACUACAUGAAAAAGAUCAAUCCGUACCACUUCCAGUUUACUCUGGAACUCCAGAAUCAGAAUUCCCAUCCAAAAUCUGUGGGUUGCCAUUGGUUGAGCAUGCUAGCAGUGUACUACAGUCCAUUCAGGAGAACCAUUUAGAUGUUGGGGACAAAUCAAAUCCAGUAUAUGGGAUUGCAGAAAGACAGGUAUUGCAAGAGGAUAAACCUGCUUUUGUGAACAAUUCUUGUCCAAUUAGUGAUGUUUUUAUUGACCCACUAGUCAAUAAACAUGUUGGUAAAGAGACUCACAGUGAGGAGAAAAUAGACUCUGUUGUACAGCACUGUGAAAGCAUAUUGUCCAUAGCUGAUGAACAAGAUGAAAUAGAUAAAGGACAUUUGAAAUCCAACCAGUCUGAUACUGAAAUGACCAACAUAGAGGACCUAACACAUAUAGUGUCCUCUGUUAUUAAAGAAAAUACAUGUCUUCCAUUACAUUCAGCUGCCUCCUUAAAAAACUGUGUUCCAUCCACUUUGAUAAUCUCUGAGGAAUCAAAACCUUUAGCCCAGGUGAAGGAUUCAACUAGCCUUGCACAUCUGGUGCCUCUUCUUGGUUCAUGUGGCAAGUGUAGUCCACAGGAUGAUGAAUCUAAAGAAGACAUUAAUUCAAAGACUUUGAGCCCAUGCUCAACCCCACUUGGUGGACCUCUUUUAGAUGAGCUUCCAAGGUUUACAAAUCAAAGACCCUCCAAUCUGCCUUCCACCACAGGAGCAAGAAGUCCCUUUAUAAAUUGGAAUUCAUCAUCUCCAAUUGCUCAAAGAGUGCCAUACACUUCACUGCAGACAGAGGAUCACAUUCAAGAUGCUACUUCUUAUGGCCUUUCUCCUCACAGGCAAUAUUCAUCCCAGGCUUUUAAUGAUAAGUCUUCAAUCACUCCCUUGGGUAGUAAACAUAAAUUAGAUACAAAACCACCCUCUGCCUUUAGCCCAAGUCUCCGAAUGAGGUCACCCUCUCCAAUUAGGAGUACACAGAGCUCCAGACCUACUUCAACAACCUCAGCUCUUACGAAGUCUCUUGCUGCCUCCUGCAUCAGUCAGACAAUUUCUCAAAGCAUGGCCAAGAGAGGUGCACAUAUUCAGACUGUGUCCACACCUGUAAGAUCCUCUCCUCUACCCACAUCUUCCGUAAGACUAAGGACGCCAUCACCAAAACCCAUCACCUUGGACUCAAAUAUGGAGUCAGGAUUUAGGAACAUAUCCAGCACUGGGGUGGGAAGUCAACCCCCAAGGUCUUGUCCAUCCCCAUUCAGAUCCAACAGUCUUCGAUCUAGUCCAGCAACAGUCCAGUCCCCUCCUCCUUAUCGUAGCCAAAGGUCAAUAUCUCCAGCACCUCCAGUUAGCCUCCAUUCAGCUCCAUCUAUUAACAGCCCAACUUCCACUGCUCUUGAACAGCCUUCGUUCAGCAGUUUAAAUUGUAAUAAUAACAAUAACAACAGCUUAAGUAAUAAUGGGUGGGCCACUAACAACAACAAAACAGCACCAUCAGCUGUAAGUGGACUGCCUCAUUUCCAUGAUUCUCAACGAACAACCUCGCACAAUAGGGUGGCUCGUCCUUUCCCAUCCUCUGAGCCUAGUUCUCGUGUACAGUCCCCUUCAAUUUGCCUCCAAUCUCCAAUCACCCGAAUCUGCUCUCCUCCACCUGCUCCCAGCCAUUCCAGUCAUCUGGUAACAAAGCCACCAAACCCUAGAGCAUCCAGACAAGGUGGCUACUUUACACCUUUAUCUUUGGAAAUCUCAAGAUCAACAUCAGCUUGUUCAAUAUCUCCAUGCGGGAGUCCCAGAAUCACCUCUCCUCCCCCUAUUGGCAUUCCUAUAAAUGUUUGGGGCUUUGCUCAUCCACAACCAAGGAAUCCCUUAGUAACAAGUGCAUCUUCUCAUACAAAAGUGGAAACAAACUCUACACCGAGAGGCUCUGGAAUCAUCUCGCCCACUCCAACAGGAUCAUCAUCCUAUUCAGCCAACUCUCAGAGUCAAAGGAGGUUACGAGGAACCAGUUUGCCCUUUGUUGCUAUAGGGGAUAGCCUUCCAAGUCCAACUAGACACGAACGCAGAUCUUGGGCUGAAAGUGGACGAUGGUCAGUGGGUUCAGAUCUGGGUUUAAUAAGUCCUCAGGGGGGUUCAUACAGUGGUAGCCCAUCUUCUGUUAGCCCUGGUCCUCUUUCACCAGUCAGACUAACAGCCGAAAGGACAAGCGGAAAACACUUUACAGGCAUUUCCUGGCCAGAUGUACAUGAUCUGUUGAUUAAAUACACAGAGCCCAAUACUGAAGCAAAUGCUUUAUCUUGCACCGAGAUAGAGCCAGAUGACAUAGAGGGUACAGAACCAACAUGUCGGAGUACUCUUAUCUGUCCAUACGUUGCUCCAACCAGCCCCAUCGAGAGAGACACUCCCAUUCAGUGCCACACCGAGGUUAAAACAGAAGACUGUGUUCCUAAUCAAGGGUCUAAAACAACAUUAAAGACCAGUUAUGCCACCACUGUCAAUUUGCAGAUUGCUGGGAGUGGGAGGAUAGCAUCCUUUAGCAAUGCACAAGUCAGCCUGACUCAAACUCUGACCCCUGUGGCAGACAGCCAGAGCAAGAGAAGGGUCAGCAUCAAUAGCUGCAACUUCUCUAUGCAAAACUGCAAAAGGCUUUGAGUUUUGAGUGAUGAAUUCUGAGCUCUAGGAUGGUGCCUCAUUUUUCAAGACACUUUAUCUGGCACUUUAGCAUGUAGCAGAGAAGUCAGCUUGGAGAUCCGGGUCCACUUCACUCAGAUAAACAAAAUUAACAGAUGACAAAAUACGGGUGUCAGUUAGUUAAUACUAUGGUCAGUCAUGUCAUUUAAUUAUUAUAUUUUUUAACCUACAUCCCUAAUUCCUGGCCAAGAUACCAGUAAAACAUCAAUGAAUUGACAGCAUUGUUAUGUUUAGUUUUUGCUUUUAAGACUCUGUAAUAUGCAAAUGUAUUAUAUAUAAUUGAACUAAAGCCUCUAUCAUUAAAGGCUUUCAGUUGGCUGUGAUAUAUAAAGAACUUAUUUAUGAAGUAGUGGUUUUCUGGCACUUAACUUCUUGUUUUUCUUUGUUUUGCACAUUUUUCUCGAGUGUGGUCCAGACGUGUCUGGAAAACAGCGUGUUUCAGACAAAACAUACCUUUUUAUUGCCAGUGUUUAUAAAGAUUUGGUUAAUAAAACAAGGGAGCAUGAAUCGCUGCUUUGAAUGAUGUUAAAACAAACAUCAAAACAUCUGAUUUGAUACUCUGCUUUGAAGAAAAUGUUUGCUGCACGUUGAUAAAGCAUUCCUUCAAGCCAAAGAAAAAACAAAAAACAAGGUGAUGCUGAUCAAAUGGAUUCUUGAUUGUGUUUGGAUUUUUAGAGUGUUUUUAAAUGUAAUAUAUUGCUGAUUUCUUUUAAUUGUCACAAUCAGUUAAUGCUUAAGCCAGUUAAAUGUAUAUCUCAGAUUUGUGCCUUUAUGUUCCGCACCCUGCCUGCCACACGUGCAAAAGAAAAGAAAUGUUAAAAGUCUGCUAUCUGUACUUAAUCUCAAAAAAAUGUAUGAUUGUCACACUGUAUGGACAAUGUGCCCUUUGUUACUUGUAUCUAAAUAAAAGCUGUGUAAUAUAAA